GGAAGGAAGGAAGGAAGGAAGGACGGAAGAGCCGUGCGGAGGCGCGGAGCGAGCGGAGCAAGGAAGGAGGGACGGAGGAAGGAGGAAGGAAGGAAGAAAGAAAGGAAGGAAGGAAGGAAGGAAGGAAGGAAGGAAGGAAGGAAGGAAGGAAGGAAGGAAAGAAGGAAGGAAGCGGGAGAGCCGGAGGAGCAGAGGCGGACUCGAAGGGCGGCACUGUUGCGGCAGCAUCCAGAGGCCAGAGUGAGGACCGCGCUGCCUCCGCUGCUCCUCGGAUGGUGACGGGGCCCCGCCGCGGCCGCAGCCCCCCGGAGCCCGGCAGGAAUCAUGCCCAGGUCCUUCCUGGUCAAGAAGGUCAAACUUGACACAUUCUCCUCGGCAGACCUCGACAGCUCUUACGGGCGCGCCCGCAGCGACCUCGGCGUCCGGCUGCAUGAGAAAGGAUACCUCAGCGACUACGCGGGGCCCGCGUCCGUCUACGAUGGCGACGCCGACGCGGGCCUGCUCAAGGGGCCGUCCCCGGAGCCCAUGUACGCAGCGGCCGUGCGGGGAGAGCUGGGCCCGGCGGCCGCGGGCUCGGCGCCGCCGCCCACCCCGCGCCCAGAGCUGGCCACGGCCGCGGGCGGCUACAUCAACGGCGACGCGGCCGUCAGCGAGGGCUACGCUGCAGACGCCUUCUUCAUCACCGACGGGCGCUCGCGCCGCAAGGCCUCGCACGGCCACGCCGCGGCCGCCCCCUCGGCCUCCACGGCCGCCGCCCCCGACGGCGAUGACGGCGGCGGGUCCGGACCCGGCGCGCGCGGCGCCGGGGCCCCGGGCCGCGGGGGCGCGCGCGGGGGGGCGAGCGCCGAGGCGCGAGCGGGGUCUGGGGCCGGUGGCCCGGCCGGCCGGCACGCGUGCGGCGAGUGCGGCAAGACGUACGCCACGUCGUCGAACCUGAGCCGCCACAAGCAGACGCACCGCAGCCUGGACAGCCAGCUGGCGCGGCGCUGCCCGACGUGCGGCAAGGUGUACGUGUCCAUGCCGGCCAUGGCCAUGCACCUGCUCACGCACGACCUGCGCCACAAGUGCGGCGUGUGCGGCAAGGCCUUCUCGCGACCCUGGCUGCUGCAGGGCCACAUGCGUUCGCACACCGGCGAGAAGCCCUUCGGCUGCGCGCACUGCGGCAAGGCCUUCGCCGACCGCUCCAACCUGCGCGCGCACAUGCAGACGCACUCGGCCUUCAAGCACUUCCAGUGCAAGCGCUGCAAGAAGAGCUUCGCGCUCAAGUCCUAUCUCAACAAGCACUACGAGUCGGCCUGCUUUAAGGGUGGGGCCGGCGGCAGCGGCCCCGCAACCCCGGCGCCUGCCGCGCCGCCGCAGCUCAGCCCCGUGCAGGCUUAGGGCGGCGGGGCCUCGGCCCGUCGGGUCGGCUCUCAGCAAUACGGGCCCCAGGGAAAUCUCCGCCACGCCGGGGCCAGGCGGGGGGGCCGGAGGGCGGGCCCUCCUGCAGCAAUAGGGGGAGGGGCCCGGUCCCGCCCCGCUCGCCCUCCAGGGGCCUUGCCGGCCCCCUUCAAGCAAUAGGGUCCCGAGGGGAGACCCAUACGAGCCCCCGCCCUUCCCCUCCAGGGUGCCCCAGGCUUUCUCCCAGCAAUAGGGUCCGUGAGAUCCAGAACCGAACCUCAUCUCCGAGUAAGUCUCCGCAGACGGGGCCGGACCCGAGGUGUGCGGCGCCCUCCUCCGCCCUCCCCGCGCCUCCGGAACCGUCUCAGAGGCUCAGGUCUCCCCCGCCCCUUUCCACGCCUUCCAGGCCAGGCCUGUGGCCUCCAGUCCAGGGAGCGAGUCGGUCCCUGGCGGCCCUGCGCCUCGGCCUUGGCGCAGCCCGCGUUUGCGGGGUCAGAGAGGGGGCGGAUGGCGGCACCCCUCUCCCUUGGGUUCCUUCUGGGGCCUCAGUCCGAGCCGCGCUAUGACCCCCCACCCCCUUCCCCGCCAAAUCCGAAUUCUUCCAGCCCAGCCUCCCCGGGCUCUGUCCUCCAUAACGAAUAAUAAUGACGCAUAUCGACUCGCAUGGACUUCUCCGACCUCCUCAGACCCCGCUCCCGCCCUGCCCCGGGCCCCCUCCCCCGAGCCGGGCAUUUGGUGAUGGAGGCCGGAUUCCUGGGCGCGACCCUCUCCACACCUCUCUGUAAUCGCUUUGCGGGUAAAGCCCCCUGGGGGGGUUGCGGACGCGUCGGGUUUCUUUCUUUCUGUAUUUAUAUGUUUUAUUUAUGAACGGAUUGCACUCGGGUCCGGGGAGGGGCGCCGAGGCCCCCCAGGCUGCCCGCCGACUCCCGGGGCCGGGUAUGCCCAGGCCCGCGCCCCGCUUGGCCCCGCCCCGCCCCGCCCCCGGAGCCCGGGCCCCGCCCCUCGGUUGCCAACUCGCCCGUCUAUGCCAAAGCCUCGGCGGCGACCCCGCCCCCAGGGCCCGCCCAUUGGCCGCCGCCUUGUGACGUCACUGCAUGCAGUCCCAGCCCUCCUCCCGUGCUCUCCCGGGGCUGCCCGUCCCCAUCCCUCUUAGUUCGUCCGAUGCCGACUAUAGAGCAAUAAUGCGCAUUGCAUGCGAAGCUGCCGCCGCCUCUAGAGUUACUGAGAAUCAGGUAUCCCCCUGCCCGACCCACCCCAUAGGCCCCUAGAUCAGGGACGCUGCGCGGGGCCGGCCGCGCGGACUUUACCCCCCCCCCGCCCCCCCACGGCAGAGCCCGGCGGGUGCAACGGUCCCAGGGGCAGGGGACGCUAUAGUUGCACCCAAGACCCUCCUUCCGCCGUCCGCCCCUCUCCCACAGUUCACUGGGCGCCCACCACGGGCCAGGCCUGCUGCUGGCCAGGCCAGCAGAGACCUGCCAGGCUAUAUGGGGGGCUGGAGUCUGCGUUUUGGUGGCAACAGCCCCACAGGCCUGGGUGGGCCAGGGACCACCUCUGAAAAUGCAGAGUGGCCUGGUCCCUAGACCCAGCCCAGUGCCAGUCACCCCGAACCCCAGCCUGGGUGCCAGGCAGGGCACAGGCUUGCUCUGUCCCCAUCAGGGGCUUUGUGCUCUCAGCGCAGGUGGGAGAGACCAGGCCCCCCCAGGCGCAGAGCCACCAGGCUGCCCAGACAAGCCCAGUGCUGCCCUUCCUUCACGUGGUCAAUCGGCUCACUGGGUCACACGGGCCAGGGCUCCAAAACAGCCCCACUCCCACCCUGUCCCUUGGGCUCCACGCUCCGGGCUGUAGGCUGGGGCCCCAGCCCCUACAGCCCAGGCUGGGUGCUUGAACAGCCCCCCCGGGCCACGACGCCCGUGCUGGACACCCCCGCAUGCACACGCACACGUCUGUCUACCUACCUAAGGAGAAGGCCGGAGGGCCGUGGGUUGGCCAGGGUCCCCAGCUUCUCCCCACCCUGCCGCCGUGGAAAGCCAUGGGCCCCCUCCCGCCCCCAUAACUAAGCAGCACAAUAACCGACUUAGCGAAUUCAGGUAGAAGGAACGUUUAGGUAGCACCUAUUUUGUACUGAUUCUACGAGUAGGGCCCGAGACGCGAGGGCCCUCGGGUGGGGGCAGGCCGCCGGCCUGCCCUGCCCCCACCCCCGCCUGCGCCCCGCCGCCUUGUACAUAGUCCCCACCCGGAAAAGGCCGGGAUUUUUACUCGGGCCGCGCCCCUCUCCCGCCCCCAUUUGGGGCCGGGCCGGCCGGACAGACGGACGGACGGACAGACCUCCUUCCUAAGCACAAUAGCACCAGCUCCCCGGAGCGCCGCACCUCCACGAGGAGAAUAAAUGCCACUCUUGAUAGAA